GAACGUCAUGACGAAAGACGCUCUCUCUUUGCCGCAUCUACUGCGAGAAUGAAGACCAUUCUCAGCAAUCAGACUGUCGACAUUCCAGAAAACGUCGACAUCUCCCUGAAGGGUCGCACAGUUAUCGUGAAGGGCCCCAGAGGCACCCUGCGGAGGGACUUCAACCACAUCAAUGUCGAACUCACUCUGCUCGGGAAGAAAAAGAAGAGGCUCCGGGUUGACAAAUGGUGGGGAAAUAGAAAGGAACUGGCUACUGUGCGCACUAUCUGCAGUCAUGUGCAGAACAUGAUCAAGGGUGUUACUCUGGGCUUCCGUUACAAGAUGAGGUCUGUGUAUGCUCACUUCCCUAUCAACGUUGUUAUGCAGGAGAAUGGGUCUCUUGUCGAAAUCCGAAAUUUCUUGGGUGAAAAAUACAUUCGCAGGGUUCGGAUGAGACAGGGUGUUGUUUGUUCAGUAUCUCAAGCCCAGAAAGAUGAGUUAAUUCUUGAAGGAAAUGACAUUGAACUUGUAUCGAAUUCAGCUGCUCUGAUUCAGCAAGCCACAACAGUUAAAAACAAGGAUAUCAGGAAAUUUUUGGAUGGUAUCUAUGUUUCUGAAAAAGGAACAGUUCAGCAAGCGGAUGAGUAACAUUUAAGUUACCCAGCUACAGAACAGCAAGAUACUGGAUAAUUUCUUUAGCCUAUAUGGGAUACAUUUUUAAGAGGCAAUAAAAAAAAUCAUUGAUUUGGAGUUUUUUCUUUUUCCUUAAGCUGAUUAUCCUUUCAAACUUUCCAGCAAGCAGUUUGCAAGUCAAUUUUAGUGUGCUAAGAAAACAAGAACAAGUGUUCUACAAGGAACAGUUUUACCUAAGGACUUCAGAGAAAUGGCUUGAAUCUGAUUUUUAAAGGAAUAUCAAGGGUGUUACAGACAAGAGGACUAUAAUAACGAUGUCAGAUGACUUGAAGUUGUUCACUGGCCAUAGAAGAGGCCUUCUCUUCUAUACUGUAUUUUAUUGUGUAGAGGCCUAAAUAAGAAGGUUGUGAAGCGAGUAUGCUUCAUUCACAUGUCUAUGCCAGUAGCUUUUUGUGAAAAGGAAACUGAGAAAUAGAACAAAGAGCUUUGGUAAGAGUCAGGAAACUGAGUUCAUGAUAAACAUGAUUUCAUUGAUCA